GACGUCACCGUAAGUCUGCGUGACGAUGGCGAUGUGAUGUUUAUGUAGUUGCUGCCAUCCCGAUUUGGUGCCGUGCUUAUUUUGUCGAAAUUCUUUGUUCUAUAUCACCAGAUAACUAAGGACAAUAAUCUUGCGUAGAAGAUACAAGUUUACGUACAGUUCGUAGAGUGUCCCCUGUCAUUACAACAUUACAAUAAUGGCAGAAUCUCAGGCUGCUGCCCCAGAGGGAUCUGUGGGAUUGGAGGAGCCAAAAAAGAUGACCAGAGAAGACUGGCGGAAAAAGAAAGAGUUGGAAGAACAGAGGAAGCUGGGUAAUGCCCCGGCUGAGGUGGACGAAGAGGGCAAAGAUAUCAAUCCUCACAUUCCACAGUAUAUAUCUUCUGUACCAUGGUAUAUUGACCCUUCCAAAAGACCAACUCUGAAGCACCAGAGACCCCAAGCAGAGAAGGAAAAACAAUUCUCAGCUAUUGGCGAUUGGUAUAAAAGAGGAGUGCAGGAGAAUUCUGUUGUCACUAAAUAUCGUAAAGGAGCAUGUGAGAAUUGUGGAUCAAUGACACACAAGAAAAAAGAUUGCUUAGAGAGACCGAGGAAAGUGGGUGCAAAGUACACGGGAACCAACAUAGCACCAGAUGAGCACGCGCAGAUCCAGUUAGAUUUGGAUUAUGAUGGAAAGAGGGAUCGGUGGAAUGGGUACGAUCCAGAAGAACACAUGAGAAUUGUUGAAGAGUAUUCCAAGGUUGAUUUGGCUAAGCGUACCUUAAAGGCACAAAGGCUGCAAGAGGAAUUAGCGUCUGGGAAAUUAAUGGACCAAGCUACCUCGAGGAAUCACUGGGGAGACGACGACCAGAAUCCAUUGUCGGAAAGGGAUCACAACAGUGAAGGAGAAGAUGAAGACAAAUAUGCUGAUGACAUUGACAUGCCUGGCCAAAAUUUUGACUCCAAAAGAAGAAUUACUGUUAGAAACCUUCGAAUAAGAGAAGACACUGCAAAAUAUUUAAGAAAUUUGGAUCCAAACUCUGCCUACUAUGACCCUAAGACAAGAGCCAUGAGAGAAAACCCAUAUUCUAAUACUGGCAAGAUUCCAGAAGAAGUUGGCUAUGCUGGGGACAACUUUGUGCGAUACUCAGGAGCUACUAUUACAAUGGCACAGACACAGCUUUUUGCUUGGGAGGCUUAUGAGAAAGGCUCAGAUGUCCAUUUACAAGCUGACCCCACAAAGUUGGAGCUCUUACACAAGUCAUUCAAAGUGAAGAAGGAGGAUUUCAAAAUGAUGCAGAAGGAGAGCAUCCUUGAGAAGUAUGGAGGGCAGGAACACCUGAAUGUGCCUUCGAAAGAACUGCUGCUGGCACAGACCGAAGAGUAUGUGGAGUACUCGAGACAUGGCGCCGUCAUCAAAGGACAAGAGAAGGCAGUUGUGCAGUCCAAGUAUGAAGAGGAUGUACUUGUGAACAAUCAUACAUGCAUUUGGGGCUCUUAUUGGAAAGAUGGUCGAUGGGGCUACAAGUGUUGUCACUCUUUUAUUAAGAUGUCUUACUGUACAGGAGAAGCUGGAAGACAAAAUAUGGAUGACACUCUGUGCAUAGACAACGUUCAGGUGGAGCCCCAAAAUUUUGAAGAGCCCAAAUCUUUAAUGGAGAUACAUCAGGAGAAACUGAAAGAAAAGAAAAAGAAAAAGAAGCAAAAGAACUGUGACUCGGACAGUGACAACGAAGAAGCAAAAAACAAAGAGAAACUAAGAAAGGCCUUGAAUGCCGAAGACGCACGUUUGAAACAAGUAGAAGAGCUGAUGCAGGUGGACGAAAGAAAGCGGCCUUACAACAGUCUGUAUGAAGUGCGGGAGCCCACAGAGGAAGAAAUGGAGGCGUUCCGCAUGAAACGCCAGCGGCCGGAUGAUCCCAUGGCGUCAUUUCUUGGUCAGUGAGGGAAAGACGUAAAAACAUAACAUUUCAAAAUCAGACUUGUUUGAGACGCGAGGGACUAAACAGUCAAAGUCAGAAGGACAGAUGAGUUUUUUGGUGGGUUUUGUACUGACUUGAGUAGGCUGGGACUUCUUUCUUUUUUAAACCUCUCAUUAUGGUAUAAAUUGCUGUGAACACUGUGGACGUUGUCCUUUGAGCAGUUACUUUCUCAAUGUAUUUUCUUUUUCGGUUGCACGUUCAGUAGUUACCCACUCGUAUUCCAUUGCGCCACACUCUCCAGCUAAUCAGAGCCCAGAAGUGCGUUUGUGUUAAUCAAGACUUUGCUUUUUCCUUCUCCCGUUGUCUCUUGUAUUUUCUAUAAAUAGUUCAUUAAUG